GUCAGCGAGGCGGAGUGAGGGUGAUUGUUGGAGGGAGGAGGACACACACAGGGACUCUUUGUGGACUUCUGGACAAAGAGACGUUCUCAGUUGCCUGCUAUCGUUCCUCGGGGUCACGCUGGACCAGAACAGACGCUAGACCUGGCUGCUGCAUCCUCCUGACUCCUUCUCGGUUCUGAUUUCACUCCUCGCCAUGCCCCGCUGCCUCUGGUUCCUGCUGCUCUGCUCCGGGACACUGCAUGUGGGUUCUGGACUUCGCUGUUAUAAAUGUGCUGAUUACACGGGCCGCUGUCAGAACGUCCAGGAGUGUACCUACGAAGACUCGUGUAUAUCUCUGAGUGAGAGAGGUGGGAAGACGAUCCGGCAGUGCAUCAGGUACACGGACUGCGAUAACUCCCGUCUCACUCAGAUGUUCCCGGCGAUCUCCGGUUUCACGUACCGUUGCUGCAGCAGCAACCUGUGCAACUCCAGCAACGCCGUUACCACGGCGACGUCCACGCUGGCCCUGCUGGGCUCCCUGCUGAGCUGGUGGUGGUGCUGGAGCUGAAACCGACCCCUCUGAUGAAGAUUUCCUGUUAACAUGAACUAAACAGAGUAAUGAGGAUGGCUCACACAGGUUCUCAGGUCACCUUUUAAAGAAGGAUUUUUUUUAAACUCUUCUGCUAAUUUAUAAUUUGAUGCUUUUUAACAAAAUAAACU